AUGGUUAAGACACUUCCCUUUGGUGAUAUCCAGGUCCCAACACCAGGCUUCGGUGCCAUGGGUUUGAGCUUUGGUUUGGGGAGCAACCUUAGCCUCGAAGAAGCCGAGCCAGUCCUUCUAAAGGCAAUUGAAUUGGGAUGUACAUUUUGGGAUACUGCUGUUGUUUAUCAAGCGGGGGUGAACGAAAAGCUUUUGGGAGAUUUCAUAAGGAAGCACAACGUCCGUGAUAAGGUCUUCAUUGCCUCUAAGUGCGGGUUCAACGUGUUUGGAGGGGAUGGCUCCGUCACCAACUCCGCCUCCCAUAUCAAGGAGUAUAUUGAAGGAACUAUCGAGAGACUCGGCUUUGCGCCUGAUUUGUACUACCUCCACCGGAUUGACCCUAAUACACCCCUCACCGAGUCCAUUCCUGCUCUUGACGAAAUUCGCAAGGCAGGAAAGACUAAGUACAUUGGACUCUCCGAAUGUUCUGCGGCGACACUUCGCAAGGCAAACUCAAUUGCCAAGAUUGACGCCGUCCAAGCCGAAUAUUCAGCAUUUGAGACAAUCCACGAGACAGACGGCUUGAUCGAUACAGCAAAGGAGCUUGGCGUGGCUUACGUCGCCUACAGUCCACUGGGACACGGCUGGCUCGUCGAUAACUUCAAUUACAAAUCCCCAGAUGACUUUGCCCCUGACGAUUUCCGCCGAAAUUCUCCCAAAUUCCAAGGCGAGAAUUUCUACCAGAACCGAGCCAUCGUCGAAGAAAUAAAGAAGCUUGCUGUUCGGAAGGGAUGCAAAAUUAGUCAAAUUGCGAUUGCUUGGGUGAUUUCCCAGGGAAUGAUUCCCAUCCCGGGAACGACCAAGGCGACCCGUCUGGAAGAAAACUGGGCAUCUCGGGAUAUUGAAUUGACAGAGGAGGAAAAGAAAACAAUGCGUCAAAUCAUCGAUGCUGCUAAGCCACAUGGUAACAGAUAUGGACCCGCGCAUCAGGCUAUGGUUGGACAUUGA